GGUAACAUGGCAAAGACACAUUUGCGUCGGGACCCGGACCUGCAUAGCUGAAGGAGGAGGAGGAGCAGGAGGAGGAGGAGGAGGAGGAAUGCAGGAGCUGCCUAGUCUGACUCAGAUGGAGAAGAGGAGGGAGGAGGAGGAGAGGAGGGAGGAGGAGGAGGAGGAGAAGUUUGAAGCUGGGGAUAGAAAGGAGGAAGCGCGCGCGCGCACUGAAAGGAAUGAUCUACCGGCCGUGAUUGGUCGGGGUCGGGAUCGGGAUCGGGAUCGGGAUCGGAUAGAUAUUGUGAAGUUGAGAGAGAAUGAGGAGGAGGAGGAGGUUGGGAGUAGAGAAGGGAGGGGGGGACGGGUAGGGGAGGAUGAGAGCAGUAGUGUAGGGGAAAAGGUGCUCGCAGGGAAUAGGAUAAGACAGCAGGAGGAGGAGGAGAAGGAGGAGGAAGAGGAGGAGGAGAAGGAGGAGGUUGCGACUAGAUUAGGCAAAGGUGAACCGGUUGGGGUGAAUGGUAGUAGUAGUGUAGGGGGAAAGGUGUUCGCAGAGAAGGCGGGAAGAGAGGAGGGGGGGGAGGAGGAGGAGCAGGUGUUGGAGGAGGAGGAGGAGGAGUUUAGGAAGGUGACUGGAUGGAGUGUGCAGCUGCCACGUGUCUCUCUGUCUGAUCGACUUGACGGCGUUAAGACUAGAGGGCGACGGAAAGGUUCACUGAAUCGAGACCGCUCGGUGGUCAACGAAGGUCUGGAAGCGAAUCUGGCUUAUCUUCGGGGAUUUGGGAUGACGGAGGCCAAAGAGAGAGAAAUAAGGGAGAAGAGGUUUGCUAUGGAGAUGUGUGAAAGGUGCUCAUUGCAAAACCUGCGGCUUCUUCUGGAGUUUUUGAUGGAGCUGGGAAUGGACAAGAAAGGGAUCUGCAAGAUGAUUAGCUUCACGCUGUUCCUGGUGGGCUACAAAUUGUCGGAAGACAUGAAACGCCAUAUUGUGUUCCUUCGACUGCUGGGUGUUGAGAAAGAGGAGCUCCUGGCCAUCCUGAUGCGCCACCCACAGAUUUUGACGUACGGGCGCAACAUGCCGCAAGUCGUUCAACAUCUAGAAGAACUUGGCUUGACGAGACCAAAGGUGAAAAGAACGAUCCUCAAGUUCCCAGGUGUGCUGGGAAUAAAAAUGGAAAGAAUGAAGGAGAUUCAAACGAAGAUGGAGCAGAUCGGCGUCACCCAAAAGGACUUUGUGAGGAUGAUCAUGCGGCAGCCGCAGUUUUUAGGCCUGCGGAUGGAAGCGAACAUUGGACGGCUGAUUCAGUUCUUCCUGGACGACAUUGGCGUUCCCCAAUCUUCUGUUGGAAAGAUCUUCGUUUAUGCGCCUGUCAUGUCAUACAGCAUCCCUCAAAAUCUUCAGCCCAAAAGGGAUUUUUUCUUCUCCCUGGGUCUUACCAAGGAAGAAUUCUCUGAGAUGGUAGUGAAACAUCAGUCUUUCCUGGGACUAAGUCUGACCAACUGCUUGAUUCCCAAGGUGGAAUUCCUGGUUAACGAUAUGGGACGAAGCGUCAAGGAACUCGUCAAGUUUCCCCACUACUUAAGCUACAGCUUAGAGAACAGAAUCCGAUCUCGGUUCGAGAUUACCAGAAUGCUCGGUGUGAACCUGCCUCUUGCGACCAUGAUGAUCAGCAGGGACGACAACUUUUGGAACGCCUGCAUCAAGAAGAAAAAGCAGCAGUGUGAACUGCAUGCCGAGCUCUGGCUAAAGAGCCAAGGUGGUGACGAUGGCAGUCGCGCCUCUGAUGGUGGCAGCGGCGGCAACAGCAGCGGGAGGGACGGGAGCAGUGAACAGAGCAGGGGGAAAGGGAAUGAGCAAUCAUAAGAGCUCCUGUCUGCCGAGUCGGUGGAAAUCUGGCAGGGCAGUGCCACAGAGG